AUGUCCCAGCAAGGUUCGGUGACGGCCCGGGUCGUUUUUGUGACGUGUCCGGAUGAAGUGGUUGCCAAAAAAUUGUCCAGAGGUUUGGUCGAGGUCAGACUUGCCGCUUGUGUUAACGUUAUCCAUGGGUUAACCUCGCUUUAUUGGUGGGAUGGAAAGGUAGAACAAGCGACAGAACAAAUGCUCGUCAUAAAAACCGAAGACAAACAUGUUCCAGAACUUACGGAUUAUGUUAAUAAGAAUCAUGGAUAUGAAGUUCCUUGCGUCAUCUCAAUUAAGGUUGAUAAAGGCAGUACAAAAUAUCUUGAUUGGAUCAAAGCAAGCGUAAAGGCUUAA